AACGCCCCGGCCCCGGCUCUGGUGCUGCGUUGUGUAGAUGUAUGUAUCUGGAGCAUGGCUGCGACUGUUUUGAGGGUGAAGAGGAAGCGAGGGCUUGACCCUGCCGAUGCACUCUUGCUGGCUUGCAAGCGUCUAAGACCUGAACAGGGAUCAGAGAAAGCCGAGGAACCAGCUGCCCAAACCGGGGACCCCCAGAUACACAGUUCUGUCUUUAAACUCGCCGCUACUGUCUCAUCGCAGGAUGCUCCGGUGCAGAAGCACGUCCGGGAGGCUUUGUCAAGAGACCGUGCCAUCCAGGCCCUGCGGCCCUCAUCUGGGAGCUCCAAAAGGAUUCUGGGAGAGCUGCGCGCAGCCAAGAGGGAGAGCAGGCAGGAGGGCCGCUAUCGCGUGCUGUCUAGCCAUCGGGCCGGCAUUGCCAGAGAGAUGCCAGCGUCCCCUGGCGAAGAGGGCAGCAGUGCGGAUGCACAACCGCAGGGCGACGGUGCACAGGGUUCCACUCUUGCGCUGGACCGCGGGGAGUUCCAGGUCUUUGACAUCGUUCAGGAAGAGGAAGAGACAGACACUGCAAAUCCAGUGCCCUCUGACCCCGAGACGAUCCUGUGUAACUCUGUGAAGCUGAUCCGGGAGAAGCUGACUGUGUCGGACUACGGAGCCGGGGCGGAGCACCGCGAGAAUGAGAGCCAGUACGUUUACGAUAUUUACUACCAGGAGACUGCGACGCCAGGCUGGAUCCAGGAUAUCCUGUCUGUCAGACCCUGUUGUCAGGAGAACGAGCUGGUCCCUGAGGAGGAUCCACAAGGGCAGGAGGUGUACGAGGAUGAGGAUGAUGAGAAUGACGAAGGGAACUGGAGGAACGAGUAUCCCGAGGAGGAAGAUGACGACGAUGAGGAGAGAGGGCACAGCGACAGAAGUGAGGGUGACUCUGAUGAAUAUGAAGGGGUGCAGAGAUACGGUAGGAGGUCAUGGGACCAGUACCAGCAGGACGUCCUGCGGGAAUUUGAUUACCAGGGCGAGAUGGGGAACUUUGACUCUGACUGACUCCACCGAAAUAUCAUUCGAACUGUGCGAGCAUGGGAAGUUGCUGCGUUUUGAUUGGAGGGGAAACUGCACUCCUGUGUAGGUGGGGGGAGGGGGUGAUUUGGCACUUGUUUUGCAAAAUGCAUGCAAAUUGAUGCCCUGUUGCUCCGGAAGCUCUUGGGGUGUUUUUUCUGAACAGAUAGCUAUACUGUAUAUAUUAAAACCUGGACUGUAAAUACAUAUUUUUUAGUAAAGCUAUUUAUCAAUA